CUUCUCUAUUUUUUAUCUAAUUAAAAUCUAUAAAUUUAUACCACUUUUGUGAGUGAUUAACGACAAUAAACUAAUUGACUAUCUACAGCUUUUGUGAAUUAUGUAGUUAAGCUGUUGUUUAGUGUUUUGCAACUAUUAUACUAAAAGUAAAAGUAUAUGCUCUAAUAGGAAAGUCCUGCACAACAUCUACACACAAAAAUCAAAAACAUCCAAACAUCCAAAAUUACCUAAACUAUCACCAAUUACAUGACGACCGUCAGACUAUUAGCAUUCACAUCAAUUGUAUCCACAUCCAUAGUGGAUUAUUUAUACAAACAUGUCCAUAUUCUUUAAGGCUCCUCUAGAUAUAGAUAUAAGACUAGAUAAUGAAGAUUCUCGAAAACAUGUAGAAGUAAAGACUCCUCAUGGUAGAAUGGAGAAAUUACCAAUUUAUAAAGAUGGAGAAUCGGUUAAGGGUCAAGUAACUAUUCGUACAAAAGAAGGUAGAAAAAUUGAACAUUUAGGGGUUAAAGUUCAAUUAUUUGGAUCUAUAGAAACUAAUAUUGAUGGAUUAAUAACUUCAGAAUUCUUAUCAAUGGCUACGGAAUUAGCAUCACCAUCUAUUUUAACUCAUCCUGAAACUUAUCCAUUUGAAUUUAAGAAUGUUGAAAAACAAUAUGAAAGUUAUCGGGGAAAGAAUGCUAGAUUACGAUAUUAUUUGAAGGUAGUAGUUUCUAGAAAGUCUUCAUCCGAAAUCACUCGAGAAAAGGAAUUGUGGGUAUUCCAAUAUAUAACACCACCUUCAACUCCAAAUGCCACUUCUACUACAACAAAUGUAAUUUCCAAUAAAGCUCAUACUCAUCAUCAUAAUACUAGAGGUGCCGAUUCUAAUUCCAAUUCAUCACCUCCCGCUACUCCAUCUAAGGAAGGACAUCAGACGGUUAAAAUGGAUGUAGGGAUUGAAGAUUGUUUACAUAUUGAAUUUGAAUAUCUGAAAUCGCGGUUUUCUUUAAAAGAUGUGAUUAUAGGUCGUAUAUACUUUUUAUUAGUAAGACUUAAGAUCAAACAUAUGGAAUUAUCUUUAAUUAGAAGAGAAACAGUUGGAUCAGCUCCAAAUCAAAUAACAGAUAGUGAAACAGUAGUAAGAUUUGAAAUUAUGGAUGGAGCUCCUGUAAAAGGUGAAACAAUUCCUAUAAGAUUAUUUUUAGGUGGUUAUGAUUUAACUCCAACUUAUAGAGAUGUCAAUAAGAAAUUUUCAACUAGAACUUAUCUUUCAUUGGUUCUAAUAGAUGAAGAUGCCAGACGAUACUUUAAACAAUCAGAAAUAAUUCUUUAUAGAGAUCAAUAACUUAACUUAACUUAACUUAGCUGGUAUAGUAGUUCUCUCAUUUUAAAUAAUAUACAAAAGUGUUGUCGCGGCGCUAUCAGUGGGUAUUCUCGGCUAGAAAAAAACUAUUAGAUCCCCCAUAUCAAAAGUGCCCUUCGCUAACUCUUACUAGGACUUAAACCACUCCCACUAUUGACUAGGUGACUAGUAAUUUGGACUUGUAUACAUUGCUGAUGAUAUAGCAGAAAAUUAAAAUUGUUAUCUCACUAAAUUUCCUUCUGUCUGAUAACAUAUAUAAUGAAUCUGUCAAGACUGCAAGCGAUAGCGAAUUCGAAUUCGAAUUCGAAUUC